UUUUGAAGUUGUCCCCCCCCUUGAAGAAUGUGAAUGUCGCUCCGAAAUGUCAACCGGGGGCGCAGCCACGCUUCGAGCCUAGGGCCUCGGCCGCUCGAUCGCCAUUUUGCCCGGAAAAUGCCGCCAAGCAGCCCCCGCAAAAGCGGCGGCAAUGGCAUUCUAGGGGCGCGGAAGAGCCCGAGUUUGAGUUGAUUCAUUCUGAGACUCAAACCCGAGCGUGAUUCUCAGACUCGAGCUUGGUUGUCAGACUCGAGGUUGAUCCUCAAAGUCAAACUCAAGCUGGCACUUGCAUUCUUUUAGGCCAAGGUAGUUAAUAUCUAUACACGUAUAAGACUACUCAUAUUUAUUAUAAUUAUUUAUUUUUAGUGCCUUCGCCCACACAGGUUCAAAAUCGACAAAAGCAAAGACGUUGUUCAUUCUGUCUGAUCGUAGGAGAUCGAGGCACUGUUCGAGGUGGCACUGUUGAUUCGUAUUGAAACAAAGUUUCCAUCGAAGUGCAUGAAGUUGAAGUCCCUAGCUAUAUGGUGUGGAUGCGCAUCAGUCUCAAUUUGAAUUUUUCGUUUGCUCGUCGGAAUGAAAGAGAUAGAUGGAAAUGCGCAACAAGAUUGACGAAAACGAUCCCGGACAUCAACGCAUGAUACAUUUUCUCGAACGACUACGACUCAACGCCCUACAUGGUUUCGCGAUGUUUUGCUACGAUAAUUUUUUCCGAGUCGUGCUAGUACUACUACUGCAUUCCCAGAGAGGUACCCCGGGGCACAGUCAGUGUUGGAAAAGCAAGCGAAAUAUUAUUUCGCUUUAUCAAAUUGGUAUUGGAACGUGAAUAAUGGCGAAAUGAAACACGAUAAACUUAAACAUAAAAAUGAUGGACACAGCGACGCAAAUAGAGUUCAGAUUGAUAGUAUUAUUUCUAGAGCCUGAGAGGUACAACUACACAACAUUCAUAUUGUUCAGAUACAGAUGAUUAUUGAGACGGAGAUCAGCGCGCACUGCGACAAUGAUUGACUAGCUUCUCGUACACGCUGAACCUACUGUAGUACCCGUUGUCGCUGUUUAUUCUUGGCUUGGUCUACUUCUCCUCCGCAGCAAAUCAGAAUCAGUUUCAGUUAGACUCUACAGGAUAGCGUAGCAGUAGCUGGAGUGGCUGCAGAAAUUGCAUUCUAUCAAAGGAAAAGGAGUGGAAGAGGAAGUGCCGGAUCCGGUCGAUUUAGGAACAACGUCACACGCGUCAGACCAGUCCUUGGUCUCGUCCCGGCCGGUCCUUGCGCUCGUCCCGAUCCCGAACAUAUUGUGAGGGGCGCCACAAAGUCGGAAAACGCGGACGCGUAGAAGACGAUGGAAUUGUUCGACGACGCACCAUCGGCCCCGGCGGCGCCAGGUCCUAAUUUUGAUUUUUUAUUUCCUAGAGAUAGUAGUGAAGGUGAAGGUGAACAACACGACCAAAAAGCGGCGAGCCGGUUGCUGUGUGCUGCUUUCAGGGAAGAGCAUGAGGACCAGCUUUCGGCGUUUCAGGGAUCAGGGCCACCGCUGUUGCAGUUUCAAGAAGAGUCUUCCUCUUCAGCAAUCCACGGAGUUCUGGUUACGAAUGAAGCAACGUCGCGCACAGGAGGACGAGGAAGUACAGCAGGAGGUGGAGAUAAUCAAUAUGCAUUUCUUCUUGGCGCUGCGACGAACGCGAAUGGGAAUGCGCACUCAGCAGGUAGAAGUACAACAACUGGAGGAACUGCCGCAGGCGCUCUUGAUAUGCUUGUGGCGAGAUCCAGCUCCUCCAUUCCUGUUGGAACUACUGGAGCGAUGAAUUCGGUCGCACAAGUCGUGAGCACCUGUCCAAACAGUCCUGCAAUUAGCACUGUUCCCUGCUCUCUGGCGGGCGCGGGUCCACGCGCUGCUUCUACCUAUAUUCUCACUUGUGCGGCUCUGGCGGAUCCCCGCUCGGCUUCGACGUCGAUUGCCACCGCUGCUACCCAAGCUGAAGCACAUCAUGAUCUACAAAUCAUCGCACCAACUGGAGCAGUGGGAGUGGCCAAUUCGCCGCGCCAUCUGCACCUGUUUCCUGACUCGGAAAACUCCUCGGAGGGGGGUGAUUUUGACGCCGACUUUCCUUCAUCGCGGACGGGAAGCUUAUGGAAGCAUCAGAAAGUGGAAGAUCAAUAAGAAAAAAUUUGAAUGACAUUGAUUAUAAUGAUUCCUUAUGAUGCAUCACUCGAAGCCGGCUAACUAUAAUAGCAGCUUCGUCAAGCCAGACAUUUUUAGGCACAAAAAAAACAUUUUUCUCUCAGACAAUUUCGUCGCCGGGCAGCAGUCUUGCAUGCUGCUCAAUAGCGAGACAGGUGUGUGAAGUUCUCCCGUGACGCUCUACUCUAACAAAGAUGCAUUUCGUCUUCGAUAAAAUGUGUCUCCUUAGCAAGAGCAACGCAAGAUCUUCGGCUUCAUUUUUUGCGUCCCGUGCAAGUGCAGCUUUGUUUUUUUGCCCCCGUGAAAAACAAAAACCAUUUCCACAUUCUUGACGACUUCCCCUCCUGGCGCUUCCAUAAAACACUUUGAGCAGUCGUGAACCAACGCUAAGCACCCAGGUUGAUGAAGAUCGGAUUUCGAUUCGGACCCAGGAGCUGAACCCGCUAGCAUCGGUGGAGGACGUCGAAGAGGUCACAAUAUCAAUAAAGCCUGGGGGCAGCGCUGCCGAAACUGCAACUCCGAACGACUGCGCGAAUCUUAUCAGGUUCUCAAGCGUUACGGUAAGUCACAUUGGUUGCUGUUACAUGGCAACACAUAUGAUACCAACAUUCUUAAGUGCUAUUAUUGGCUCAUAUAGCAAAAGUGUAAGGGGUAGGGGGAGCGUGCGCGUCUUGGGUGAUCAAAUUUGACAAUUGGGAUGCUACUUUAGUUCGCGGAAGGCCUGUCAUGCGAACAAGUAGAUUAAUAUUUACAACAUAUACAUUGCUUGACUUCCGGGUUUAUCCUGUGCAAAAGUAUCGUACUCGUAUAGAUCCGCUACUGGCAUGCCAAUAACCUCUCACCCCCGACCUCCCACCAACUUCCCAUCAACUUCUGCCCAACCUUUCCACCAACUUCCCAGCUGUUGAGAAGUUGGCGUGGACCCUUUGCCGCGGUUGUUGGGAAGCUUGAUGCGGAGUUGAAAUCCACAGCAAGCUGCCCACAAGCUUCCGGCUAGAACGUCUCAAAAGGAAUAUCGCGGGCCUCGAUUCGUGGCCGCGUGCGCAGUCACGAAUCAGCGAGCUCCCGCGAUGAUCCUACUGCGGCUGCUAAGCCUGUGGCAGAUAGCUUGGAAAUCUCUUGCAGCUGGAGACUUGCGAGGUCCUGCACAAAAGACGCACACCUACGCCGAACACCCCGACGCAUUUCGCGGCAAGCUUUGAGCUUUUGGAGGCGUCAUGCAAUAUUGGAAUUGCGCGGCGCCUCCAAAUUAACGCCGGGCCGUCCGUUACCAAAAACGCCCCCAAAACAAAUAUAAACCGAAUGCAAAACGCCAGCGCUUUUGACUUCUUGGGCCGCUUAGAAUCUUUGUCGCAAGAACCAACGUGGCGGGCAAUAGCACGGCUUCCGUGCCCACUUCAUGGCGGGGCUCGGGUGCGCCAGUGUGGUGGGUCGCGUGUCUGAGGGGCGCAAGACAACUCGGCUGCAGUUUCAUUGUCGCCGGCCAGUUAGAUAUGACGCGGACCCUAGCAAAGUGGUACGGUGGACGGAACAAGAGGCGGGCGGCUUCAAAGGGUCGAACGAGCCCGUUGCGCUCGCUUUGGACGCACUGUGUGGACGCUGCCCGAUGUGCCGCCCUGCGCCGUCGGCCAGACGCUCCAGUGGAGCCGUCAGAGAUGCGACGCCUGCGGCGCCACCUGGGGCGCGGGCUGAUGACAGGAGGAAAAUGCGCGCGCGCAGUAUUAUUGCCCGAGCUACUCCCGGCGCGGUUUCUUUAUAAGCCGGCGGAAAAUAGCGCCCCGCGAUUCGACGCGGUGUGAUGCUCUGUGGUCCGGGUUGCAGAGAGCCGGCCCGUUCGUGGGCCGGCCCUCGGAGCAGAGCAAGCGCUUUCCUGUUCCUUCUCAGGACAGGGCAGCUGGGUCCAGCUCUUCACCGGAGGUGCAACGCAAGGCCGACGCGUUGACCUGCGGCAUGAGGCGGCCCCCGCAUUCAGUUUCAGACUGAGCCCGCGAAUUCAAAGCGAGUCCGCGAAUUCAAACGGAGUCCGCGAAUUCAAACUGAAUUCGAGGGCGCCUCUUCAAUUUCAAACCAAGUCCGUUGCUUCGUGGAGCGGCCGCACCAAUUUCGAACGGAAUCCGAAUUCCAUCCGAACCCCAUCCGAUUUCCAUCCGAAUCCCAUUUCCCUAAUAAGCAAUUGGACUCGGAUGAAAAAAGGAUGGAACUCGGAUUCCGUUUGAAAUUGGGCGGAUCAAUUUGGGGCCCAAUGCGAGACCUUCUUCUGCGUUAGGGCAGAGUCGCUGGGCUAGGUUGUAGAUUUUUGGCGCGCGCUGCCGCGCGCGCCACAGUCUGGGUGUUUUUCAAUGCCCUUUCCUUUCACUCUGUGUUGCCCCGUGGUUGGUGUGGCGAGUUGUGUGCUCUUGGGGUUGUGUUGCAGCCUCUGAGCAGCAGGGCCGGCUGUCGCAGGUGACGCCGAGUCUUGUCAUGCAGCCCUUCUGCUUUGGUUGAAUCUGCGUCACCUGCGCUUCUGCCUCUUGACCGCUUCACCCAUAAAGGCGCUGCUCAUGGACAAUUGCCGGUGGGGAGCCGGCUUCUCGCAUGGAGCGCUUCUGCUCAGAUUGCCAGGCUGGGCCGUGAAGCACGUGGGUGCUGCAACUGUACUGAGGCCAGAGCUGGGGCUUCCUUCGUUCGUUCGAAAGCUUUUGGCGCAUGCGGAUUACCAACCCGAGCCAGCUCUUUCGUGGUGGUGUUGCAUCCUGAGCAGGUUUGUUCCAUGUUCUAUCUUCCCUUUCCGCCUAUACCGCAAAUCCUUGCCGCGCUGUGCGUCCUUGCUCACUCCGUACAGAGUGUCGCGCGCCUGACAGAUUAAUCUUCCUGCCGUGCCUGUGGUGGCAUCCGGGGCCAUGAGCCCAGUGCGCGACUGCGAGGGUUCUCUGCGCUUCUGGGUGAGGGUCUCGACCUACAUGCCAUGCCCGAAGCGUCUCAGCAUGCUUCCCCAAUUCUCUUUGUUUGAAAGCUGCUGCGUUUUGAAUUGCGUGCGAGUUCGGUUUGAAAUCGAAUCACACGACGGCACGCCCAGAGCUAACCUCCAAAAGCCCAAAGCUUGCCGCAAAAUGCGCCGGGAUGUUCGUCGCGAAGUGCGUAGAGAAGCCGCUGGGCAGUGAGUUGGUAAGCUAGGCAAUAAAUAGCGUAGGGCGCGCGCAGAGUUGCGGCGUUUUUGUAACAGAAACAAAACGCAGCGAGUUACUAAGUGGCGCCAUUCAGUUGAUUGCUAUAAUUCGCUACGAACUGACGCGGGAAAGUGGCCCGAGUUCAAAGCUUGCGCGCCGAAGCGGCGCGCAGCUCCACAUCGCCGAGGGCCGCUAUCCUCCGCUUCCGUCUUUGAUGGCUGCACGCAGGACAGAUCGUGCGCGCAGACAUCGCGGCGGAGUGACGCGGCGCGUCGCUUGAUCGAGGCGAGAACGACGGCAGCACCUCGCGCCACUUCUCACCGACUUUCUUCCGUACCAUCUUCGCGACCAACUUCGCGGCCGAUUUUUCCCCAGCUUUUCCGUCAGUUUAUGCCGGGGGAUUGUAGCGGAUUUAUACGAGUGCGAUACUUUUGCACAGGAUAGGGCUCGGGUACGGCAUACCUCCGGCGGCAGGUGCCCUCGACAGAUGACCUCGGCGCGUGACCUCGGCCGGUGGCCUGGUCAGGUUGCCCGUUCAUGUCGCUGCCUGCUGACGUGACAUGCAAACUUGUGCGACACUACAGAAAACGAAAAAGCUAAAAGCGCAAAACAAAGAAACUGCGACGCAGAAAAUGAAAAAGAUAAAAACGCAAAGGCACAAACUGCCCCGACACAGAAAGAAGUGCUUGCGUUGCAGUGUAAAAAAAAGCAGCAAAGUGCUUAUCUCUGCAAUGCACGCCCAGGGGGCGGCUGCUUGAUUCGCCUGCGGAAUCGGGAACGCGUUGCGCUUCAGUAUUAUAGGACUCCUCUGCAGCACCAGCAGCCGGGCAGAGACGCUCCCCCCCUUUGCUUCGAUUUCUGUUUUGUGUUGCAAAUUGCAGGGCACCUAGUUCGUGAUCCUUUCGCCCAUAGCGCUCCGCGCACUAUUAAGCCACUAGCACUAUGCGCGCGCCUCGUGUGCGGCGAGGGGCGGACGCUGUCCGCCCCGAUGCCGAACACCCUGCCCCCACUAGCGUUUCGCGCACUAAGGCACUCGGCGCGCGCCUGGUGUGGGGCGCAGGGCGGACGCGUCCGCCCCGAUGCCGAACAGCCUUCCCCCAGCCACAACUAGCGUUUCGCGCGCUAUCAAUCUAAGCCACUAGGCGCGCGCGUGGUGUGAGGCGAGGGGCGGACGCUGUCCGCCCCGAUGCCGAACACCCUUCCCCCGCUAGAGUUUCGCGCACUAAGCCACUACGCGCGCGCCUGGUGUGGUGCGAGGGGCGGGCAACCCGAUGCCGAACACCCUGCCCCCAGUAGCGUUUCGCGCACUAAGCCACUAUGCGCGCGCCUGGUGCGUGUGAGGCGAGGGGCGGACGCUGUCCGCCCCGAUGCGGAACACCCUUCCCCCACUAGCGCGACUAGGGACGGGCACAAAGCCCCAGCGUGGGUCUUGUUUUACAUGUUUAGUGUGAUAGAGAUACUGAUUGACUCUGCGUGACACGUCAUAUAACAGCAACGGCAACCAAUCCAACCGCAACGUUGAGGAUGCCAUAGAUCAUGUUCGCUCUUCUUCUUGUGCGGACAAGCACAAGCAGCUGGCCUCGUCAGAGCCGCUGGGCUGCGACAUGAGGUCGAUUCGCUUGCUAUGCAUUGCAUAUUACUAAUAGAUCUAGGUCUGAGACCUUGUUGCGAGCUCGAAUUUAUUUUUGUGACUGAUAGCAUGAGCAUUACAAGUUUAGCAUUUGCCUCGACGCCUAAGUCCAACUAAGUACUGCCAAGCAUGAGCAUUACAAGUUUCAUCUCAAGUAGUGCUUGCUUGCACGUUGUACUCAGUUCGCAAGAGCAUGAGAAAAGAAAUCGCGCUUCGUCUGCUGUUACCAGCGAUACCGAGGAAUGCCAGACGAGUCAGAUAAGUCGCACGUUUUCAGACCCGGGCACUCAUGUUUGUAGUUGAUACAUACGUUCCCAGGACCACAUUCUUCAUCUCGGGGCCACCUGCUCCACCACCCCGGGAGGGAUCGGCUCUGAGCAGUUGCGCGAUUUUUUGUCUGGCACGCCGUCGCCAAAUUUUUCAGAUCGGGAGCGCGAGACGCUCUCACCGGAUUGCGGCUUCCCGCGUAGCAUGGAGAAAAAGCUCGGCAAGGAAUGUGAGGACAAGAUGUAGGAAAGAGGGACCAAACUGCACUAGCAGGUAUCGUAGCGGUGCACGGGCGGGAGUCCGUCUCAUGAUUCGGCGCGCGUGCAGUUUGUUUGCUUUCCCGGGACCUGUGCAGAACAUGAGCAAGCAGAGUUUCUUGUGGUUAUGUGAUUCAUUGCCCUGAUGAAAGAAUCUUUCACCCGGGCAAUAAAGCACAUACUAACUCAUGAUACCGCUUUAGUAAAGCAGAAAUCUAGUUGUAGAAGAAGAUGAUGAAGAUCUAGGACUAGUACUUAGUCGAUUGUGUGAUCAAAAUUUCGGCACUAUCUGAGUCGUCAUCAAAAUUUUGUUCGCCUAGAAUGAUAUUGAUAGUCACCAUAGAGAACAUGAUCGUAACGUGUGCCGCUUUGUCCUUUGCCCAAUUUCCUACGUUGUCCUUCUCCAUACUAGCAAAGAAACGGCCCUGGAAAUCGUGGUGGAGUCGUGUGUAUCAGGUGCAAUUUAUCAUGUCUGGGUCUCGACGUUCUGGGCGAAGAACGCACCGAUGCAUCCAUCUCGGGUGUAGCCCAUCCAAGUCAACAUCUGGAAUGCGUGCUCUGCUGGCAUCGCAAGUUUUGUGAGGACUUGUAUACGCCGAGCCAGGGUAGAAGUGUGAAAUUGACCACAGAAGACUUUUUAUUUUUUGCGUCCCCUGACGCUGCGCGAAGGGUAUGUACCACAAGUGGUUUGCAUUGCAGUUCCUGACCGCCCAUAGGCCUUAUGAUUUGCGAUGUAUACUGUCCGUUCUCCGGCGUCGUGAAAGCCGCCGCGGCAGGGGCUUUGCCGAGAAAAUACACCAAAACAAGCCAAGGAAACACUAGCAAGCCCGCGGCGUUUCAGCACCGGCCGGAGCUGGUGCGGACCGGGGAAACUGAUGAUCUGUCAAACAACGAUCCAAAUGCUUACUCGUAUAAAAAGUCGCAAGAAAUGGAGAAAAGUAUACUGAGGUUUCCCGAAGCUGCGGCCUCCAAUGCGAAUGGUAAAAACAUCACGUUGAGUUGUACUGCUCAGGACGUCUUCUACGCAACUAGAGAUCAGGAACGUUUCCAUGGAUCAAAAUUUACAGUUGAUCCGCUGUCUUUCAUAUGCACAGCAAAACCAGAAGUAUUGUACUCGUAGUAAUCGGAAUAUUUUUGCGUGACUUCGGUAAUAUAGCAUGACAAAUUCUGUAUUCCACUUGCCAUGCUGAGUGUAUUUCUAAAUGCAAUUACUACCAGUGCGAUAGGAUGCUUUUGCGAUCCAUAUUUCAUGGCUCCGAGCGGCACCACCCCGUCGGCAACCCCAACAGGUGGUUCAAACACAACGCCGAAAGCCGCAGACGCAUUUGCCGCAAUCCCAGCAAGCGCAACACCAGUUGCAGGGGCUGAAGAUCCAUUCGUACUUCUACUUGAUAUUCAGUCCUCUUGUUUACUUGUUGUGUGACUAUAUGUAUAUUCAUUUUGCAUUGAGGAUUCUGAAAAGCAGGGGCGCACGACGAUUUGGCGCCCGCGUGGUGCAACAAUCGCGAAGGGCGGUUUCGAUAGUAGCAAUAAGACAGAAAGACAAAGAAAAGGGAAACCAAAUAAGAAUAAACACUAGGCGGCUGCGGAUCCGGGGAAAACAGCACUGAAAGAGUGGGAGGCUGACCAAGACGCGAAAAACCAAAAGAAGGCACAGCAGGAAUUGGAGACAAAAAAGAAAAGACGGGAGGAGGCAAAAGCAGACCUGGCCAAGUGGUACGCAGAUAGGAAGACCGCCUUAGAGGUAUCAUAUUUUUAUUCUAUUUGUAUGCGAAUGCGUGUGCUUGUCGCGUGAGUCUGAGUGUUGCUCGUUGGUUGCAUGCAGUGAGGUGGUCACGAAAGCGCUUCCAAUCUGGUGGCUCUCUGGCAAGAACAUGGCGCCAGCAAAAAGCCCGUUUUUUUUUUUGAAGCGACCGAAAGUGUUUUUUUGCGAAUAAGUCAGGAACAGGACCCUUAGAUCCAUUUGAUUACUCUAUCGGGGUCCUCUGCAUCGAGUCGUCCGAAGAGUAGGGUACGGCUUUUCGCUUCCGCUUGACAAAAAGAUGCACGGGAGCCGACAAGAAGAAAAGUGCGGCCCCUCAUCUGAGGCGCAUACUGCGGCCGUAGAUUCGUGCAGUCUUAGGCGCUCACGAAGGGACACCAAAAGAGCGUGAGUGUCAUUUUUGUCUGCAUAGGAAAGGAAAGGUCAGAUGAAACGUUGCCGCAAACGUCAACCGGUUGCCAUGCAGGGAGCAAGCAAAGCCGAAAGAUUCAAAAGCUGGCGUUUUUUAUUGACAAAAAUAUGAAAAAGAAAAACAAAAAGGCAAAAGCCAGCUAAGCCUGAUGAAAGUCUAUCCGCAUGCUAUGCGGCUGAUGGCGACGCCCACUGAUCCACCCCUGGUAGCGGAGGCCCAGGCGGAGUCAUCGUGGGAGGGUGUGUAACUAGCACUACUAAGUUUUUCGUCGAACAGGCUGAAGUUGCUCACGAUCUUCAUCAGCCGCGACACCCUCGCGGAUUCAAUUAGGCGCGAGGUUGUGGCGCCACAGAGCGCAGGAAAGUUGUGCGCUGUUUUUGCGAAGCAAGCGCGAGUCCAAGUUUAGCGCAAGAAAAAAGCACCGAGCCCACCACCUCUACCUCCGUUUCGGCGACUCUUAUGAGGGAAGUCGAAGUUCUCUGUAGUAGUCUCGCUCCUUUCGCAGAACUUAGGACCUCCGCAAAUUUAUAUUUUCUUCCGUAAACGUAUGGGUAUGUCAUGGCCGCAAGAAUUGCAAUGGCUCAUGAUGUGGCUGCUGAUAGUCAUGUGCCGCUAAGACUUCCAGCUCUUUAUAUAUUUGAUCUAGCUGCUAGAAUUGUAGUUUUCAUUUUGAGACAAGAAUCAGCAAUGUAGUACGAAACAGGAUUAAUCGACAACGAUACCCGAUAUUCUUUUCUGUCUUCUUCUAAAAGUGCAGCGAUCUCGAAAAUUACAGAAAAAGAAAGCCGCGAACCGACACGAGGAAAAGGAGUGGCUUGCAAUCCAGAACGCAAGCGGCGCGGGCAAAAAUCCGUGGGAGCGUGUUCUUAGCAUGAUCAGCGACAAUGCAGCGGCGACCAAAGCGGGUAGGUUAUUUAACAAGAUUUGAUAAAUAUGAAGCGCACUAUAUAUAGAAAUAGAAUUAUAAAUGUAUUUUUUUUUUUCCUGCGCCUGCGGGAUGAAACUACACACAGAAAAAUGCCUCCCGGAGAGGAUUUUUGCCACAAUAAAGCCAUGAUAUUAAAAACAUUAACAUCGCAGACUCCGCUGUGCCGCCAUUACAAGACACCUCACGAUUCAAGCAGGUGCUGAUUCAAUUGAAAUCGAAUCCCGUACCGAACUAAGUCAGUGGACAAUCCGGGUCCGGGGCACAUGUUUGCAUCGGAAAAAAAAAGCAGAUUUUUAUUUUUUUUCGAUGCGGUUCUGAACAGUAUCGGAGAACGUACAGUAAAAAACGACGGCGCUUUGUAAUGCUGGACGUGAUUGUAAAAAAAGUAAAAAUAACAGCAAGCCCCGACCUUGGAAUAAAUACCUUUGAUGUAGUAGUUUGUUAGGUUGCAGUUGCACCUUUUUACCUAUUUUUUUAAACGCCUAACUUCUCAAAUUUUGUUGAAAUGCAUUUUGGCAGACCUGGCUCGCACAAAAUCAUAAUCAAGGGAGAAGUAUCAUCAUCACGAUCGAGCCACAGAUGAUAAACAGGACCGCUGUGCUGCUGGUGCUUGGCGGAAUUUUUUUUGGAAUUGAUAGCGACAUGGGAAUCAUAUACUAUAAAGCCAAGCGACGCAGAAGUCGCAGCAUCACGAGGAUGGAGGUAAAAGAGUUAGUUUGAGGGCAUUUCGGAGACCAUACUAUUACUAAUCCUCUUUAAAAAAGGAGACAUGGAGAGCCCUACGCUUGAUGGUCAACAAGCCUCGUUGCAAUGAAGAUAAACGCGCGGCCGAUGUUCUUCGAUGAACUUCGUCCUCUGCUAAGGGAUUGCGCAG